UCCAACUCUCGGUCCGCCAACCAUCAACUCUAUCCAUGUCGACCCCUCCGCCUCUGUCUCUCUCCCCAUCCACAUCGCAAAGGAGUCAAGGAAAAAGAAGAAAUAUGCAUAGGAGAGGAGAGAAAAAGAAGAGCAAAACAAAAGCAAACCAACCCUCUCUUCCCCAAUACUUUUCUUUGGGGUCAAGCACUUUGGUUCCUUCACCAUUCUCAAAAAAAAACCCUUCCCUUUAAGCAGAAGCUCCUAGUCUCUUACCACCCUCACUCGCUCUGCUCUCCUUCCACUGCCAUCGAUCACAUAGCAAUCUCCCAGUUCCCAAUAAAAAACCUCAUACCAUCCCUCCAUCUACAAUCCAGAAACUCACAAAGAUCCUGAUGGUACUUCCACUUGAGAGAGGACAACCCCGCUGAGCCCCCCUGCUCUCGGACUGGCCUUUUGGCCAUGGCCACCGCUGACAACCAGCAGACCUGGGUUCCCUAUGAGCCAACUAAAGACUGCACUCAGGGCUUAUGCAGCGUCUACUGCCCACAGUGGUGCUACAUAAUUUUCCCACCACCUCCCCCCUUCGAGCUCUCCGACGACAGCUCCGGCCCGACCUUCUCCCCCCUGGUGAUCGCCAUCAUCGGCAUCCUCGCCAGCGCCUUCCUCCUGGUCAGCUACUACGCCAUCAUCUCCAAGUACUGCGGCAGCUUCGACUCCCUCCGCCGGCGGCUCCACGGCCAGUGGGGUGCGGACGACCGCGAGCUCGAGGACGGCCUUGGUCAAUCCCGCCGCGACGAGCCAUGGCACGUCUCCCCGUCGAACGGGCUCGACGAGGCCUUGAUCAAUAAGAUUGCGGUGUGCAAGUACAGGAGAGGCGAUGGACUGGUCGACGGCACCGACUGCUCGGUGUGCCUCAGCGAGUUCAGGGAGGACGAGAGCCUUCGAUUGCUCCCCAAGUGUAGCCAUGCUUUCCAUGUCCAAUGCAUCGACACUUGGCUGCAGUCGCACUCUAGCUGCCCUCUCUGCCGUGCCAAUAUUGUCUCCGUGGAUUCACUGUCGCCGCCGCCACUGCAGUUGCCAGCCCCUCCUGAGCUCGAAAGCAGUCGUGCUGUGGCCGAAGGCGAACGCAUCGAGGAGAUGGCUGUAGUCCUAGAAGAUCCGGACAGGGGAGGGGAAGAAGAGAUCCGAUUGAGGAAUGAUGGUGAUGUGCCUGCCAAGGGACACCCCUCUCAAGUUCUUGGUAAUCCGGAAAGGAUGGCGGAGAGUGAUCGUAUAAUUGAGAUUAGAGAUGAUGGCGUCUUCCAACCACUUAGGCGGUCGUUCUCGAUGGACUCGUCGCAUCGAGGGCGGCCUUCGAUUGCUGAUGUCUUGCUAAUGAGCAUGGAGGAUGAAUUCUUAGCUGCCCAGGAUCAUGAGUCUUUGGUUGGCGUCGGUUCAUCGAGACGGUGUGGAAGAGAGCACAGCAAGGCUGGUAGCAGGACCAGGGGCUUGCACUGUGUUAUGAGCCCAGUCCCGAUGAAGAGAUCCGUGUCUAGUGGGAGGUUCUGCUUCGCUGGGCAUGGAAGGGGAAGGGGUUCCGUCCUUCCUGUAUAAAAGAAUUAUAUACGAAGAAGGAUACAGCACAAGCUGUUCUUCUCCCCAGUGGAAGCGUUAAAAGAAAGGAACGGUGUCUCAUUCUUCAGCUAUCCAAUUGAAAAAGGAAAGACCCAGCAUCCAUCGGAUUUUGGAAUGAUAGUAUAUGGAUUAAUUUCUUUGUUGAGGAAAUCCUAAAUCCUACGUUCAAUGCUUCACAAGGGCUCUCUAAGUGUGUUAGAAUAAUUUGAAAGAUCAUGUAACAACUUGUAUCAGCCAAUAUUAUUUUUCUUUAUUAGCGUGAUCCUGUAUCGAUUGGUAUUAUUUUUCUUUAUUAGCAUGAUCUUAUUAGAGUGAUUUUAGGGAUCACAUAACAACUUGUAUCAGUAAGUAUUAUUUUUUUUAAGAGCAUGAUAUUAUAUCAUGCUAUAUUAUUUCUUUUGUACGGCGUUUUGUAUAUAUAACCCUUGAAAUGUACCGAAUAUAAUAGAACAGAGAAGUAAAAUUAUUUUU